CUAGAACCUAGCAAUGCCGUCUGAUCAACUAUACACACAAGCUGAGUUAUAUGGUCCCUUUUCUACUGAAGUUUCACUUUUGUGACAUAUGAAUACACAUGCGUUCUUGCAAAGGAGUGUAUGAAGAUCACUGGCAAUUUUCUGCGAACUUACACUGACAAGAAAACAUUGAAGAAGUGGUUUUUCAUUGACAAGACUGUGGGUUAAAUCUAUUUGAAAUAAAGCUUGUUCUACCUAAUUUGGAUCCCAAAAGACACUCCUUAUUGUACUCAUUUAGAACAACAGCUUACCUGUCAUGUCUGAUCAUGUGGCCAAAACCCAGCCAGUAUUGACCCUCCCUCCAAAUAUGAUGCCAUCUUCAGCAACCUCCAAGAAACAUCCAUGUUCUUCCUUGAGUGUGACAUAUAUCAGUAGACGUAAACUUGCCGAAGUCGUUGAUGGCCUGCUCGGUGUCAUGACACUGUCAACCCGUAAACAGCCAUACGUGCAUUCCGGUUGCGAUAUUUCAUCUGACAAAGUUUCUGGUAACAACACUUGGCUGAAAAAAUGUCCUUCUGCUUUAGCUUCCUUCGACCAAAUCAUAGCCAGAACGCAGGGCAAGAAGAUUGCGUUGUUUCUUGACUAUGAUGGCACACUUUCGCCUAUUGUUAAUGAUCCUGAGAAGGCAUUCAUGUCCCCUGAGAUGCGCACUGCUGUGAAGAAUGUUGCAAGGUUCUGCCCCACCGCAAUUGUCAGCGGGAGGUCUCGUGACAAAGUAUUUGAUUUUGUAAAGCUGAAAGAACUCUACUAUGCUGGAAGUCAUGGAAUGGACAUAAUGGUAACGUGUGCAGAUUCUGAAAGUAUAACAAAAGAUAACAAAGAGGCGAAACUUUUCCAGCCUGCAAACGAGUUUCUACAGAUCAUCAGUGAGGUUAACAAAUCUCUAGUGGAAGCCACUAGAUCAAUCAAGGGUGCAAUUGUUGAGAACAACAAGUUCUGUGUGUCUGUACACUACCGCAACGUCGACAAGAAGGACUGGAAAUUGGUCACGGAGCUCGUCGAUGGUGUCCUCAAAGCUUUCCCUCGCCUAAAAGUAACGACCGGACGAAAGGUUUUAGAGGUUCGUCCGGUGAUCGACUGGGACAAGGGGAAGGCGGUGGAGUUUCUGCUUCAGGCGCUGGGGUUAGAUGACCCUGAAAGCGUUCUUCCUAUCUACAUUGGAGACGAUCGAACAGACGAAGAUGCAUUCAAGGUAUUUCGGGAGCGGAACUGUGGAUUUGGAAUACUGGUUUCGCAAGUGCCCAAGGAGACGGAAGCCUUCUACUCACUGACAGGCCCAUCUGAAGUGAUGGAAUUCCUCAAUUCCUUGGUGAGAUGGAAGGAACAGUCGUAAUUAUACAGUUGACCAGUAGCCCAUCAGUUUAAGUCUGGUAGAAAUGACAUUAGCACCUCAUCAUUUCCUGGCGACUAUAUUUCACAGCGCCGGAAGUGGAUAGCUUCGGUGGUCGCCGACCAAGUAUCCCCCACUAGGUUUAAAGAAUUGUUUAGUUUUUUCCUUAUGCUAGGCAAGGUUGAUUUUUUUUGUCCCAACUUUGCUCAUGCCACUGUGCAACAGUUUGCAUUUUUAGAGACUCUUAUUUAUAUGGAACAGCUUUGGUGAAGUAAUGGAGUUUGACAGUCACCAAACACUCCAACCC